UAAAGCCAGGAAGACGACGUCCAGCGCCCUAUGCCUUUAACAACAAGAAGCUGUUGUUGCUUUCCUCGUCUCGCUAUCGAAUCUGCAAGCACCGUUUAAACCUGCCAAGAUGGCUGGGAAUCGGGAUAAAUCUACGGAUCAGAUGAAGCUAUGGAAGGAGAGCAGAGGGUCGCAGCGUGCGGACUGCCUGACUACAGGGGGCGGGGCGCCAGUCGGGGACAAGCUCAACUCAAUGACGGCCGGGCUGAGGGGCCCCAUGCUGGUCCAGGAUGUGGUCUUCACCGACGAGAUGGCCCACUUCGAUCGGGAGCGGAUCCCCGAGAGGGUGGUGCACGCCAAGGGGGCUGGGGCGUUUGGCUACUUGGAGGUGACCCAUGACAUCACACGCUACUGCAAAGCCAAGUUGUUUGAGCACGUUGGCAAAAAGACACCGAUCGCUAUUCGCUUCUCCACCGUGGCCGGGGAGUCUGGCUCUGCCGAUACGGUGCGUGAUCCCAGGGGGUUUGCAGUGAAGUUCUACACCGAGGAGGGCAACUGGGACCUGACGGGAAACAACACCCCCAUCUUCUUCAUAAGAGACGCCCUCUUGUUCCCGUCGUUUAUCCACUCCCAGAAGCGUAACCCGCAGACCCACAUGAAAGACCCCGACAUGGUGUGGGACUUCUGGAGCCUCCGGCCUGAGGCUCUGCAUCAGGUGUCCUUCCUGUUCAGCGACCGUGGCCUGCCGGACGGCCACCGCCACAUGAACGGCUACGGCUCACACACCUUCAAGCUGCUCAACGCCGAGGGCCAUCCCGUCUAUUGCAAGUUCCACUUCAAGACGGACCAGGGUAUCAAGAACUUGACAGUGGAAGAGGCCGACCGCCUGGCCGCCUCCAACCCCGACUACGCCAUCGGAGACCUCUUCAACGCCAUCGCCAACGGAAACUUCCCUUCCUGGAGCUUCUUCAUCCAGGUCAUGACCUUUGAGCAGGCCGAGAAGUUCAGGUUCAACCCCUUCGAUCUGACCAAGGUGUGGUCCCAUACAGAAUACCCACUGAUCCCGGUGGGCAAACUGGUGCUGAACAGGAACCCCACCAACUACUUUGCCGAGGUGGAGCAGCUGGCCUUUGACCCCAGCAACAUGCCCCCAGGGGUGGAGCCCAGCCCGGACAAGAUGCUGCAGGGCCGCCUGUUCUCGUACCCGGACACCCACCGGCACCGCCUGGGGGCCAACUACCUUCAGAUCCCCGUCAACUGUCCCUACAAGACCCGCGUGUCCAACUACCAAAGGGACGGCCCCAUGUGCAUGUCCGAUAACCAGGGCGGAGCUCCAAACUACUUCCCCAACAGCUUCAGUGCCCCUGACUGCCAGCCUUGCUUCCUGGAGUCAAAGUUCAAGGUGUCCCCAGACGUAACACGUUACAACAGUGCCAACGAUGACAAUUACACGCAGGCGGGGACCUUCUACAGCGAGGUUCUGCGUGAGGAGGAGCGACAGAGACUUUGUCAGAACCUGGCCGGAGCCCUGAAGGGAGCCCAGGUCUUCAUCCAGGAACGCAUGGUACUGCACCUGAUGGCUAUCCAUCCCGACUACGGAAAGCAGGUCCAGAGCCUGCUCACCAAGCACAAUGCCGAGGCUCAGAAGAACUCCAAUGUGCACGUCUACACCCGCCCUACAGCCAUUAACGCCUCCGCAAAAAUGUGAGGUCAUAUAUCUUGACCAGGUAGCACGCCCAAGAUGGCUUCCGCAGUAACUGAUUUCCACCAGUUUAAAGAAAUAUAUCUUGUACUAAUAAUAAUGUAACCAAUCUGGGCUUAAUAACUAUUCUAUUCUAGCAUUUCAAUGAAAAGGAAUAGCUUCUUAACAGAUAUUCCAAAUCGAAAAACAAUGAUUAUAUGAAGACUUUCUGCAUUUUGUCCAGUCAAACUAUAUCCAAUCCCUGGUAAGCAGCCAGUCUUCGUGUAUUACUACAGAGAUAUCAGUCUAAAGUUAUAUAUUUUAAAUGUCUAAACACAAUUGUAUCACUUACCCAAAUACUAUGUAUAAUACGUUUGCUAUUAUGUAUUUCAAUGGCUUGGUUUAUACACUGGAUGCAUUGUUAAACCUGUACUAAAAUGAAUUGAUUAGUCUAUAUGAUGGGGUUAAGCUCUUGAAACCUGAUCAAUACUGUUAAAGAAAAACUUUGAAGAAUAUUUCGUAAUCAUUUUCUACUUGUAUGCCCUUAUUAUUGCCUGUUUGUUUUACAUUAUUUUGCUCUGUGCAAGGAAAAUCUGACGUUAAAGCAGCGCCUU